ACAGCAUGCCUGUUAAAUGAUUUCAGCAGGCAUCCCGCCCGAUUACCGGCAGUGAACGGAAAGGACGCAAGUUUACCUGUAUGCCCUUGGAUUUGGUGUGCGUUUCACAAUGUUUUAGGUAUAAUGUAACUAAGGGAAGACUGUGCUCCCUGCAGUAUCCAGUGAAGAAGGAACACACCUGAAGAAGAUGCAUUUGUUCCAUAAACCUUCAGUGCCUGUACUCAUCACAGCCUUGUGUAUCUUUCCAUUCUGCAAAGGAGCAGCUAUAUCCUUAGAAGCUGAGAAAAUCCCUCAGUACUGGAAUGAUAAUGCCAGGGAGACUUUAAAAGCUGCACUAAAUCUGGAUCCCAAUGUCAACAAGGCCAAGAAUCUCAUUAUGUUUUUGGGGGACGGGAUGGGCGUGCCAACAAUUACUGCAGCCCGUAUAUACCAAGGACAACUAGCAGGACAGCCUGGGGAGGAGAAUAUAUUAGAGAUGGAAAAGUUUCCAUACGUGGCUCUAUCUAAGGUGUACAAUGUAGAUGCACAGGUCCCUGACAGUGCGGGUACAGGUACAGCCUACUUGUGUGGAGUAAAAGGCAACUCUGGGACCCUAGGUGUGAGUGCAGCUGCAAAGUAUGGAGUAUGUACAAGCACCACUGGCAAUGAAGUAAAAUCCAUACUUCACCGAGCGAAAUUGGCAGGUAAAUCUGUAGGUAUCGUGACAACAACCCGCGUCCAACAUGCCUCUCCAGCAGCUGCCUAUGCACAUAGUGCCAACAGGAACUGGUACUCUGACAAUGAGAUGACUACGACUAUGAUUAACAAUGGUUGCAAGGACAUUGCCUACCAGCUGGUGCACAACACAGACAUUGAUGUAAUUUUGGGAGGAGGCCGAGCCUAUAUGAGUCCAAAGGGAACACCUGACCCAGAAUACCCAACCAGCACAUCAAACCAGGCUGUAAGAAAAGAUGGCCUCAAUUUAAUUGAUCUGUGGUUGAACAAGAGACAGGAGGCCAAGUAUGUUUGGAAUAAAAAAGACUUUGAUACCGUGAAUGAAAAUACAACAGAUUAUCUUAUGGGUCUUUUUGAGCCCAAAGACAUGAAAUAUGAACUUAGUCGUGACCCUUCCACGGACCCUUCCCUUGCUGACAUGACAGAGAAGGCCAUCAAGAUCCUGAGCAAAAAUCCCAAUGGAUUCUUUCUAUUUGUAGAAGGAGGUAGAAUUGACCACGGACACCAUGAUGGGAAUGCUAAGAAUUCACUGACUGAAGCUGUUGAGUUUGACAAAGCCAUCCGAAGAGCUGGAGAACUGACAUCAGAUUCCGAAACGCUGACAGUUGUGACUGCCGACCACUCUCACGUCUUCACCUUUGGUGGCUAUACAGACCGUGGCAAUAGUAUUUUUGGGUUGGCACCAAGUAAAGCCAGUGACCUUAAACCUUUCACUAGCCUCUUGUAUGGGAAUGGACUUGGAUUUAAGCUCACUAAUGGAGUACGGGAGGACAUCACCACUACUGAUACAGAAGCCAAUAACUACAGACAGCAGGCAGCUGUGCCGCUAGUGUCAGAGACACACGGAGGAGAGGACGUAGCUAUCAUGGCUAAAGGCCCAUUUGCCCACCUUUUCCAUGGCAUACAUGAGCAGAGUUACAUUGCCCACGUCAUGGCUUUUGCAGCCUGCCUGGAGCCCUAUACAGACUGUGAAGAUUUAAAGGCAAAAAUGCCCCCUGUGUAGAUUUUUGCAGCAGGUGCCCAUGUUGCUGGUGUGGUAAUAAGAGCGAAAAAUGUAUGAGAUGACCUGUUUGUAAUUUUUGUGAUCACGAGGCUUAUAAAAUGUGCUAUGAUAAUAAACCCACUUCAUCAUAAAUGGUAUAGUUUGUG